CUAAAUCAACCAAAUGCAGUUUGGUUUUCCAUAUGUAAAAACAUAUCCAAAUGUGGAAACCUUGGUGUUCUAAGUAGUGUGUCCAAUUACUGUUAGACAUUUUGCUUCCUUAAAUCUGAAAGAAUCAGUGAGAGCGGCUGCUGAGGUAGGGGGAAGAGACUUUUAUUAUGAUAGACCAGCUGUCGGCGGAAAUAAGAUGCAUGUAGUAUAUAUGGCUGACUGUGUUGAGUAGAAGGGUUUGUGGCUGGUUAUUACCUGUUUAUUUAUGUUAAUAUAAACCUAAUUUUAAAUCAUUAGGCCCAGAUAUCUUAAAAGUUAAGCCUUAAAUCAUUUUAAUCUUUUUGUGAUACUGUCGUAUCCAGACCCAUUUAACAUCAGAUGGAUCUGGGAUCGGUAUAUCAGUUUCGCUGUAACGUUAAAUGAACCCAAUCACAACCUUGACAUCCAGUAAUCGGUAAUGUCAGGUCAGUUGUGUCAGAAGUGUAAUCCAAUGUUUUUUUUCUGAAUAUCGUGGAUAGUAGUGCUACCAAUACUUUUCCCCGACACCGAGGACAAACGUUGAACGUGUAGUUGUCGCCUAUCGUUUCCCACUGCGACUUUCGUCAGCAGUCAGAAAAUGUCUAAAAUUGAAAGGCUGAAUGCGCGGGUCUCUAAACUGCUGACGGCAGCGGUCCACGAAGUCCUGGAGGUGGUGAAGGAUACGGUGUCGGAGUACCAGGAGAAAACCGCCAGAACUCAGAGGGAGAACGAAAGACUACAGAGGAAACUCCAGGAACAACAGCACAAGUUUGACCGAGAAUUGGCACGCCUAUCCAGAUCAAGUCCUCCAAGGCAGAUUGGCCAAUCAGAGCAGUCUAAAUGCUCCAGUAAAGAGCUUCAGAUCUCCAAGGGAACGGACAAGCCAGAGCUAAAGGUGGAGUCCAGAGCGACUCUUGCAGACGAGGUGAAGAAUCAUCUGGACUCAAAGGCAGAAUCCCCGGCCAGCGUUGAGCAGGUGUUCACAAACUGCAGUGAACUGGCUUCAUGUAUCUCCCUGGUGGAGACAGAAGAUUCACAAUCUGGGAACUCUGAAGACGGCUCAGCACAUGUAGAAAGCGUCCUGUUCCCCCAUGGGCUCUCACUGGAUAACCCCAACACACCCAUUCAGCAAGGCAUACCAACAGACAUUAAUAUCAUCAAAGCAGAGCCUGAACUUCUGGAAUAUUCCCUUUCCCCGCAGCCAGUGCCCCAGAACUCGGUGUACGACAACGAGGAGCCCAACCUAGACCCUAACUCCAGCACAGCCCCGAGUGACGUCCAGUUAGGCCUCCACUCGCCCAGAGCUGAUGUUGCGGACGAGGUGCACUACAUCCACUCCGACACGCUCAACGCCUUCGUGGAGUCGUUUCCGUUCGAGAGGACCCAGGGGCUGGCAGCUGAGGCAUGGACCCAGCAGCAGCAGCAACAGCAACAACAGCAACAACAACAGCAACAACAGCAGCAACCACAGCAGCUACCGCAGCAGCGGCAGCAUCAACAGCAGCGGCACCAUCAACAGCAGCGGCAGCAUCAACAGCAGCGGCAGCGGGAGCAUCCACAGCGCCUCUUAGGCCGAGAGGAGAACCAUCAAUGCCUGCUGUGUGGGAAGACAUUCAGUCGCAUGGACAACCUGCGCAUCCACCUGCGCUGCCACACGGGCGAGAAGCCGUACACCUGCGGCCACUGCGGUCGACGCUUCAGCCACGCCGGAAACCUCCAGAAGCACAAGCGCGUGCACACCGGGGAGCGGCCGUACGGAUGCCAUCAGUGCGGCAAGAUGUUCAGCCAGUCCACCCACCUCAAGAAGCACCAGAGGAUCCACAGCUUCCGCCACCUCAGUGUGGGAUGAGGGGGCAUGUGAUUGGUUGGAAGCCAGAAACAGGAAGUGUGUGGGCUGAAGGGCACGUGAUUGGGUGGGAGCCAGACAUUACAGGGGGAGACAAAACACAUGGACGGAUGGGAGAAUUUGUAAUGCUAAACACUGAUCAAAUCAGCCAUGAAAAAUAAAGUCUUUUUUUUUUAACAUCUCCAAAUGUGAAAACCUAAUUCAUUUAUUGUUGUUUAUCCAAGUGCUGUUAGAAAUUCAUUAACCUGCAGGUAUUUACAUGGUGCAUUGAUUUAACACGGGUUUCCUGAUGUGCUCCACACUGUAUAUAAUUAUCAAGCUGGGUAGAAUACUACCAAAUUCAGUGUAACAUUAAAGGAGUGGUUUGCAACUCUGCUGUAAGGUUGUUGAUAUUUGAGCUCAUCAGCCAAUCAAAUUACACCCUUCCCUUGUGUGCUUCUGAAGCAGUUUGUUGAUUGUCAGGAAUUGUUUAUGGCUUGGUCCAUUUACAGA